AUGUCUCUACCAACAACCAUGCAAGCUGUCGUCAUCGAAGGUGACAAACCAGUCCUAAAAUCAGGAAUCCCCCUUCCAGAACUAGAAGAUGGAUUCGUUCUAAUUAAACCAAGAGCAGUAGCAGGGAACCCCACCGAUUGGAAACAUAUCGAAUGGAAAGUAGGUCCUCAAGGCUCUAUCCUUGGUUGUGAUGCCGCUGGUGAAAUCGUUAAAUUGGGUCCAAACGUCGACACCAACGAAUUCCAUAUCGGUGAUAAAGUAUACGGUGUCAUCCAUGGGGCUUCCAUUAGAUUCCCCACUAACGGAGCCUUUGCUGAAUACGUAGCUUUAGAUUCAAAGAUCGCUUAUCAUGCUGAUAAGAACAUGCAAAAUUCUACCACGGAGACUAGACCAGAAGGUAAGGCUACUACGUUUGAAGAUGUAGCUAGUUUCCCCAUCUCUUUGACUACUGCUGCCAUUGCUUUGACUCAUGAUUUCGGUUUGCAAUUGCAAUGGGAACCAAAAACUCCUCCUCAAAAUGAUUAUCCAAUCUUAUUCUGGGGUGGUGCCACCGCUGUGGGACAAAUGUUCAUUCAAUUGGCAAAGAAAUUCAAUGGAUACUCCAAGAUUAUCGCAGUCGCUUCAAAGAAACAUGAAAAGAAAUUGAAGGAAUAUGGUGCCGAUGAAGUCUUCGAUUAUCAUGAUGCUGAUGUCAUUCAACAAAUUAAAUCCAAAUAUAAUAAUAUUCAAAAAUUGGUCGAUUGUGUCUCCACUCCACCAACUCUAAACCAAACUUACAAGUGUGCCGCUGAUAACUUACCUGCUACAGUCUUGCAAUUGAUUACUAUGACUAAGGAUGAUAUUAAGGAGGAAGAUAGAAGAGAUGAUGUCGAUGUCAUUGGCACCAUUAUCUAUAUGGCUUAUGGUAAACCAGUGCCAUUCGGUCCGGUCACUUUCCCAGCUUCUGAAUCAUACAGAAAGGCUGCCAUUGAUGCUGUGAAGUUCAUUAAUCCAAAGAUCCUAAAUGGUGAAAUUCAUCAUAUCCCAAUUAAGAUUUACAAGAAUGGGUUGAAGGACGUGCCUCAAUUGACUGAUGAUAUUAGACAUAACAGAAACUCUGGUGAAAAAUUAGUCGCUGCCAUGCAAUAG